CAAACCAAAGCUUUUAUCACUCAUGGAGGAAUGAAUGGGAUCUAUGAAGCUAUUUACCAUGAGGUCCCUAUGGUGGGAGUUCCCCUAUUUGGUGAUCAGCUUGAUGCCAUAGCUCACAUGAAGGCCAAAGGAGCAGCUGUAGAAAUAAACUUCAAAACUAUGACAAGCAAAGAUUUACUCAGGGUUUUGAGAACAGUCAUUAACGAUUCCUCUUAUAAAGAGGAUGCUAUGAGAUUAUCAAGAAUUCACCAUGAUCAACCUGUGAAGCCCCUGGAUCAGGCAGACUUCUGGAUCGAGUUUGUCAUGUGCCACAAAGGAGCCAAGCACCUGUGGUCAGCUGCCUACGACCUCAGCUGGUUCCAGUACCACUCUAUAGAUGUGAUUGGGUUCCUGCUGGCCUGUGUGGCAACUGCUAUAUUCUUGGCCACAAGAUGUUGUUUAUUUUCCUGUCAAAAAUUUAAUAAAACUAGAAAGAUAGAAAAGAGGGAAUAGAUCUUUCCAAAUUUAGAGAAGACAUGGUGGGGUAAUCCUGUUAAUUCCAGACACAAAGAAUUUAGUGAAAACAUGUUACUUUCCUAUUUUCUUAUUAUCUAUUCUGAUAUUUUAUCUUAGCUAAGUAGCCUAGAAUUCCACUAUCAUGAACUUGUGAGUAUAUCUCAUUCUUUCAUUGUAUUUUCCUAGGUGUGCUUACUCUCUUCUCUCACUUUGUGACACAAGGACAUGAAUACAUCUAAAUUUUCCUAUUUCUGAUAUCACUGUUUCCAUGACGUCAUUACUUCUCUAACCUUAAGUGAUAGGGUGACCUGCAAUAUGCUGAUUCCUGGUGUUUGCACAAACACAUGGAUGUAAAGAAGUAAAAAAUGUAAAAUUCACAAAAUUCAGUAAACCACACAAAUCAGUGAAGCAUUCUAUGACAUUAGCUUGUUAUGAGUAACAUAAUGAUUUUUCUUUUUCAAUUUAAAUAAGCCCUUCUACAUACCCAGCAUUACUGAUCUCAGACAAUGAAUUGCUAAAAAUGACGAUAGGGCAUUACACUCAGAAUAGUUUGCUAUAUUUCCACAUACCUCAUCUAGAUGUCAUAGCCUACAUUUCUGCCAUCACUUAACUGACAUUUUUUGUGUGUUCUUGAUGAUAAAUAGACAGUUCUUAUUAUUGUCCUCAAAUAAUAAAAGAAACUGAAAUUUUCUUACAUAGAGAAAAUGUCCAUAAGAUAUUCAAGUUAAACAGAUUAUUUUGAGAUAAGUAACCAUUAGAAAUAUAUGAUUGUAAUUUCUGAUUUUAUAAAAUUUUCAUUGAUAGUACACUUGAUUUAAAUGUCUAUUCUUUAAAAUGAUGAAUACUCAUAAUUCUUAUCUCUAUAAUCAAAAGUAUAAUUUACUGUAGAAAAAUAAAGAGUUGCUUGUUCUGAAAGUAAGAUCAGUAUACUGCUUUCUGGUCUCAAAAUUUGAGAAUUGCAAAUUCAUCAAGUAAUAGCUUACAUGGUAAAAAUUUAAGAUAUUAGAAUACCUGCUUAACAAAUAUUAGUAUAUAUUAAAUAUUUAGAUAAGUAAAGCUCUACACUAAAUAUAGUUUAAUAAUCUUUACACUAAUUAAGCAAAUAUGUUACACUUUUCAUUUUGUUUACUGUCGUAUAAUCUUAGUGACAUGCCUAUUUAAAUUUUAA